AUGGACUAUCGUCGCGGAGAUGAAUUAGGUGAAAUUCCACCCUACUGUCCAUCAUCUGCCGCAUACAGUGCCACCGUCACAUUCGACACUUGUCGUAUCCGACUUGCAAAUUUAGUUUUGAUGUGGUUAUUCGAACUAUUUGGAAUUUUAUGGGUUAUAGCUCGUUGCAUGGGUAAAUGGCCUAAAGGUAAUAGAAAUUCAAAUUUAACGAUUGAUGGAGAGUUUGAGAAUCUUGAUGAUCCAGAUGUUGAUAGUGAAGAUGAAUUAGCAGCGGAGAAGAUAAGAAAUGGAAAAAAUGGUAAAAAGAGGGGUAGUAGCCGUAAUAGGAGAGGAAUACGUUAUAUACAAGAGUCUAAAGAUGCUGCUGUUAUUGGGGGGCGGCGACAAUUAGAAGUGCCAUAA